AUGGCGACCGGAUUCUCAGCAACGCCGCGCAAAGAAGGCACCUGGACUAAACUAGUCAUUUUCGUCUCCCUCUUUUUCCUGAUCCUCGAAUCGGUCCUUCAACUGGUCCUGGUGCUGUUUCUUUAUGGAAGGCACCAGGUAGACUCGAAGAUGACUGUGAGCCUGGUUCUUGCUAUGGUUUCGUCAUUCAUGACAAUUCCCCUUAUCUCUCUCCAAAGCCUAGUCGCCUGGCAAUAUAACAAAAUUGGUGGAUUUGGUCAGCAGAAAACGGUUCUGCACAAUAUCUGCUCCUAUGUCUACAGAUUGGACCUUAUGCUCUGGCUAGCUACAUCAGUCUCCGGCCUGGUGGUAGCCGCUCAGCAAGUCUACUGUCUGCCAGAUGGAACCGAUGCCACUUUUUGGCGGGUUGGAACAAGCUGCGCAUUUCACCGCUCCACCGUUAUUGUCUCGGUCGUAGCACUGGUAACUGUCUGCACAAUGUACUGCGCAAGAGAACUAUGCGACCGACCUUAUGACGUUUCGAUUAUCGGUAUUUAUAAAAGUCAGCAAGCACUGCGCGAUGGCAGUAUUCUAUCAGGGAACAGCUGGGAUAGCGAUGAGACUCUCAAGAAUGAGAUCCUGAAUCUCUGCCGCCAGCAUGAUGGCAAAGCCGGCGAAGAACCAUGGUAUAUCGACCCCAUUGCCAACAAAGUCAGCUGCCAUCCCAGUAUCCGACACCCUGCUCCAGUUCGCCUGCGUCCACAACUUCGCCUCAACACGAACCCAGGCUCUGAGUAUGGAGAGAUUACCUCCGGAACCACAAUUUCUCCCGAUGAUACAUAUCCUCGAACCUCACCUGGUGGCCAAACCGUGGCCAGUGACUUCUACCCUAUCUCGCGAACCUCUACUCUCAUGACCACCACUACCUCCGAAUCCAAGAACUUGCUUGCCGAAUUCUUUGCACCCAAAGUCCCGCCAAUUCCCAAGCAAUAUACUGCCUAUCACAAGCGCGGGAAGUCAUCUCUGUCGUCGUUGAAGCGUUUCUUUCCCAAAACGUUUCCACUAUCGCUGCCCUUGUCGUCAGACCCUCAGAUUCGUGCCUUGGCCGAUCCAAACUCAGCAUCAGACGUUGAGAAGCAGGUUGUCACGCCUUCCACUUCCCAAGGCCAAUCUCAGUUUUCAUUCUUGGAAAUAAAGACCACCGACGUAACAGAAACGCAUUUUUCCAGCGGCGAUACAACUCAAACUCCAACUAAAUCCGCCAGCACCUCAACCACCAACAAGCCCGAUGGCCACAACAGAACCAUGACAAUGAAUUCCGCCGAUGCCCCCGAAGUCGUCGUUGAACCUCCAGAGCCAGCCAAAGUGCGACGAUCUCAAACGGAACAUCUCGCCAUAGCCGGACGUUCUAUUCACCACCCACACCACCCCAACUUCGUUGCCGGAUCUACACCGUCGCCAGCACCCCCAGUCCCAAGCCCAGUCAAUGCUCGGAAAUACUCCGCAUCAUGCAGGCAGAACACAAGCAUGUCACCAGUGUCCAUCAUGCCUCCAUCACGAAGCAGCUCGCGGCACAACAUGCAACCCCAAAUUGCCCAACUACCCGCUCCCACCCGGAGUAGCUCGUACUCAUUCGAGCAAUCACACAAACCUCGCCACAUACAAAGCCAGUAUCACCAGCAACAGCAAUACUAUUCUCCCCAGCCAAUCCCCACCCGCUGGGCAAGCCAGCACGUAUUCGAUCCUAGCCGCGUGAUUCCCGCCCCUCGUCGCAACGAUGUCGAAAUCAUCUACCCGAGCACUCGUCGGCCUCGCAGCAACACUCACGGCGGAGCGAGUGGUCCUCUCAGCUGCAUUCUAGAGGCAACUCCCCACCCUCGGGCUUCUGUGGACGAAAUUCGCCUCAAUGGCGGUGGUACCCAGGCUCGACGUAGUGCUCUUGAUCACAGCACUUAUCGUGGUGCCAACCGCACCAGCAUGGGCUUUUACUAA